AUGCCUAAAUCAAGCCACGACAUAAAAAAAAAAAUUGACGAUCCCCGCCAAAACUUCACGUUUCACGCUUUGAAAACAUCAUCGGUUGGUGCUGCCGUGGUGAAUUUUUUCAAUCGUGGUUUGUUUAUACUUGUCCUGAAAAGGAGGCCUUUACGUGUUGUUCCCACAUAUAUCAGGUUUGACCAGUGUAUGUCUAUUUGCAAUUCCAAAUCUAUCUGGUUCACAAAGACACUAAAACAAUACAAAAUAGAAUUGAUAUCUAGCAGGAAUACGGGUGAUCAGGCAGGAAAUAACAGCAGCAGAUUGGCGCAACCAAAGAAUGUGGAAUUGAUCAGCGUUACAGGUAAGUAA